AUGCUCGCCCCGCUCGCGCCUCGCGACGCGCAUCCGCCGUGGUUCUUGGCGUUAUUGGUGCUCCUCAACGUCGUCGACGCGUUUCACCUGAACAUCGUGUGGCCGAUGCUUCCGUUCGCCGUGCGAGACUUUGGCGUCGCCGAAAUCGACGUCGGCUUUUACUGCGGCGUGAUAGGCGCCGCCGCGCCGCUGGGCGCGCUGCUCAGCGCGUAUCAGUGGGGAAGAAUCUCUGACAGAUACGGACGACGCCCGGCGCUGAUCGCCGGGAGCGCGCUGAGCACGAUGAGCGUGUUCGUGUUCGGGACGGCGAAGAGCGUCCGCGCCGCGGCGCUCGGCCGCUGGAUGUCCGGGCUUCUCAACGGGAACGCCGCCAUCGUGAAGACGUAUUUGGGCGAAACGUCCACGAAAAAGGCGCAGAGCGAAGCUUUCGGAGUUCUGGCGUUCGGUUACGGGUUGGCGUCGACGUUAGCGCCGGCCGCGGCGGGAUUUUUACAAAGGCCCGCGCGUCGUUGGCCAGAGACGUUCGCGGGGACGGCGUUCGAUACGUAUCCGUAUCUCCUGCCGAUGUGCGUCGCGGCGUGCCUGACGGGACUCGGGGCGGUAUUAGGGGUGUUAUUGUUACCCGAAACAGCGUCGUUCGUGCGACGCGCCGAGGCUAAGGCGAUGGCGCGAAACGGCGACGAGGAAAAGCGUCUCGUCAAGUUGGCUUCGGCGGGCGACUUGCGAGCGAUAGAGUUGCGCGACGUGGACGAGUGGUCGGACGUCGCCGGUGACAAGGGUGAAUCUGACGACGUCGAAGAUGUGGCACCGAAAGAAGUCCUAUUCACGCCCGAGACGACUCGCGCUGUCGCGUGCUACGCCGUCCUCGCCGCCAUCGCGAUCGGGUACGACGAGAUGCUUCCGGUGUUCUUAAAGACCUCGCACGAGUUAGGAGGGUGCGAAUUCGCGCCGCGAGAUAUCGGUAUUUUGUUGGUGUGCGGUGGUGUCACGCUUUUGGUCUUUCAAUUGGUGUUGUAUCCGCGAAUCGCCGACGCGCUCGGCGCCGUGCGCGCAUUCAGAUUCGGCGUCGCGCUCUUCGCCGCCGUGUCCAUGCUCGCGCCGUUCGCGUCGGUGAUGCCGAACGAACCCAUGCUGUGGACAGUCGCACUCGUGUCGCAGUGCACGAAAAUUUGCGCAUUGGGGAUCGGAUUCGUAAGUAUCACCAUCGUGGUGAAUAACUCGUGCGAGGACGCCGUCAAAGCUCGCGUGAACGGCAUCGCUGGCACCACGUCGGCGUUUGCGCGCAUCGUCGCCCCAGUCAUUUGCGGCUGGACAUUUGCCGGCGCCAUGCGAUUGACUUUUCCGGCGCGGCAAUUCCUUCCAUUCGCCUUCAUCUGCGCCGUCACGGUCGCGCUUCGCGUCAUCGCCGAACGCCUGCCGACGGCGCUGGACAGCCCCACAUCGUCCGUCGCCGACGUCGAUACUCUUCCAUCCGACGACCCCGCGCCCGUCGCGCCCGUCGCAUCAAAUUUAGAUUCGCCCUGUUAG